CCUCCUUCCCGCCGCUGAGACUAGGAAGCGGGACGCCAAAUCUGUCCCCGCGCAGCCGCCGCCGCCGGGCGCCGAACGGGGCGGCCGCCCUCCCCGAGGCGCGCCUGCGCACGUUCCCACGCACGCUCCGGCGUACGGCGGCGGCCAGGGGUCGCGAGCCGGUGGAGGACCCGCGCGUGGAGGAUCCCGGAGAGUCAGCGCUUCUUCCCUCCCUCCCCUAUUCCCCUCCCCGCUCCCUCCCCCCCCAAGAAUGUUCCGCUACGAGUCUUUGGAGGAUUGUCCUCUGGAUGAAGAUGAAGAUGCAUUUCAGGGCCUGGGAGAGGAAGAUGAAGAGAUUGAUCAAUUCAAUGAUGAUACAUUUGGGUCAGGUGCAGUUGAUGAUGAUUGGCAGGAAGCACAUGAGCGCCUGGCUGAGUUGGAAGAGAAGCUACCUGUGGCGGUUAAUGAACAAACAGGCAACGGAGAAAGGGAUGAGAUGGACUUGUUAGGUGAUCAUGAGGAGAAUCUGGCAGAAAGGCUCAGUAAGAUGGUGAUUGAAAAUGAACUAGAAGAUCCAGCUAUCAUGAGGGCAGUACAGACCAGGCCAGUGUUGCAACCCCGACCAGGAAGUCUCAAUUCCAGCAUCUGGGAUGGAUCUGAAGUUCUGAGGCGAAUUCGAGGACCACUGCUUGCUCAGGAAAUGCCUACAGUGUCUGUGUUAGAAUAUGCCUUGCCUCAGAGGCCCCCACAGGGCCCAGAAGAUGAUCGGGACGUUUCUGAGCGUGCAUUACCAAGGCGGUCAACUUCUCCUAUCAUUGGGAGUCCUCCUGUUAGAGCUGUCCCCAUAGGCACCCCACCUAAGCAGACGGCUGUACCCAGCUUCAACCAACAGAUUCUGUGUCCGAAGCCUGUCCAUGUUCGACCCCCGAUGCCACCACGCUAUCCUGCUCCCUACGGUGAGAGGAUGUCUCCAAACCAGCUCUGCAGUGUCCCGAACUCUUCCCUACUGGGUCACCCUUUCCCUCCUAGUGUUCCUCCUGUUCUCAGCCCCCUCCAGAGAGCACAGCUUCUUGGAGGAGCACAGCUACAGCCUGGACGGAUGUCUCCCAGCCAGUUUGCACGGGUCCCUGGAUUUGUUGGUAGUCCACUUGCUGCCAUGAAUCCCAAGUUGCUGCAAGGGCGAGUUGGGCAGAUGCUUCCCCCAGCACCAGGCUUCCGUGCCUUCUUUAGUGCUCCAGCCCCUGCUACACCGUCUCCUCCUCAGCAGCACCCUCCUGGCCCAGGGCCUCACCUGCAAAACCUACGAUCACAGGCCCCAAUGUUUAGACCAGACACAACGCACCUUCAUCCACAGCACCGUCGACUCUUGCAUCAGAGACAGCAACAGAAUAGAAAUCAGCAUCGGAAUCUCAAUGGUGCAGGAGAAAGAGGAAGUCACCGGAGCAGUCAUCAGGAUCAUCUCCGAAAGGAUCCAUAUGCCAAUCUCAUGUUGCAGCGAGAAAAAGAUUGGGUCUCUAAAAUCCAGAUGGUGCAGCUGCAAAGCACUGAUCCCUACCUGGAUGAUUUUUAUUACCAGAAUUAUUUUGAAAAACUGGAGAAACUGUCAGCUGCUGAAGAAGUGCAAGGUGAUGGCCCAAAAAAGGAGCGCACCAAGCUCAUUACCCCUCAGGUGGCCAAACUGGAGCACGCCUAUAAGCCAGUGCAGUUUGAGGGCUCUUUGGGAAAGCUUACUGUCUCUAGUGUGAAUAAUCCCCGAAAAAUGAUUGAUGCUGUUGUGACAUCUCGGAGUGAGGAUGAUGAGACAAAAGAAAAACAGGUUCGGGACAAAAGACGAAAAACCCUUGUCAUAAUUGAGAAGACCUAUAGCUUACUCCUUGAUGUGGAGGAUUAUGAAAGGCGUUACCUCCUAAGUCUGGAAGAAGAGCGACCUGCCCUGAUGGAUGAAAGAAAGCACAAAAUUUGUAGCAUGUAUGACAACUUAAGGGGGAAAUUGCCUGGACAGGAGAGGCCCAGUGAUGACCACUUUGUACAGAUCAUGUGCAUCAGAAAAGGGAAGAGAAUGGUUGCCCGUAUUCUUCCUUUCCUCUCCACAGAGCAAGCGGCUGACAUUCUCAUGACAACAGCCAGGAACCUCCCUUUCCUUAUCAAGAAGGAUGCACAAGAUGAGGUGCUGCCAUGCUUAUUGAGUCCCUUCUCUCUUCUCCUCUAUCAUCUUCCAUCAGUGACUGUCACCAGCCUUCUGCAACAGCUAAUGAACCUACCUCAGAGUGCAGCUGCACCAGCACCCUCCAAUCCUCACCUCACUGCUGUGCUCCAGAACAAGUUCGGCCUGUCACUGCUGCUCGUCGUGCUGAGCCGGGGGGAAGACCUGCAGGGCUCAGACCCCACUUCAGAAUCAACGCAGAGCAACCAGUGGACAGAGGUGAUGUUCAUGGCAACCCGAGAACUUCUGCGGAUUCCCCAGGCAGCCCUGGCCAAGCCAGUCUCUAUACCCACAAACCUAGUAUCCCUGUUUUCUCGUUACGUUGACCGACAGAAACUGAACUUGCUGGAGACGAAACUGCAGCUAGUUCAGGGGAUACGAUAAAAGAUCUCCACGUGUGUCCUGUACCUCCUUUUGGCUGCCACCUGCACUGCUGCCAUCACCAAUGGAGUGUUGUUUUUGAUGAGGGAGGGAAGGUAGCUUAUUCCCCAAAGCGUCUUGUGGGACUGAUUCCUGUUCACAGGGGUUGGCUCUGAAUGCCAGGUAUUUCCCCACUGGUCUGUGAAAUUUGGCUGGGUGAUACUUCUGCUGGUUUCUUCUUACCUUCUGUGUUACAAUUCUGCAUGUCCUACUUUUACUCAAUUCUUCUCAAUUUUGCAUUUUCUUUGCCCUAGAAACACAAAUAUAAUCUCUCCCUUUAUCCCACCACCACUACUCCAGUUCAGAGUAGAUUGUAGCUUGCCAAAGGAUUCCUUCCCUCAUCCUACUGAAGUCUUUUUUCAUUGCCCCAUAUUAAUAUGACUGUAGGAGAGCCAGUUAAGUAGAAGUCUAUAUAUAUGCGCACACACACGCCCCUAUACACACACUUAUGUGGUCUCCAAAGGAUGCUUGAAGAACGAGUUUUAGAUUGAGAAAUAUUUAGGUGACACAACCCUUCUUUAACCACAAACCAGUUGAUGUAUUUUUAAUCUGUUUCUCGUCCCUCUUGUAAUUAAUUUGGUGGGUUCUACUUGUUUUCAUAUAAAUACAGGGUAUGGAGCACGUUUAAUAAAACCAGAAUUAAUUGGCUUAAUUGGCUGAUGCCCAGCUCUAGGCUGAGAAGUCCUUUAUCUCCUCCCCACUUGUAUUUCCUUUGGUUCUGUCCACCUCAGUGAAAACAGCACACGGUUAAGCCUUUUUCCUGCUACAACUGCAGUGUACUUGAGCCUGUCCCCUCAAGUGCAUGGAAGAUUGCCCAAGAUGACCCUAACCUAGAGCCUGCUUCCACAGUGUAGCUUUUGCACACUCAGUCUGUCUUCCUGAGACUACUUCAGUAAGCCAUGCUUUCACUUCUCUCUUUUCUGUUUUUAUUUGGUGCCAUGGGGAGAAACCUCCACACCUAACCAUGGAAGCUAAGUCCGGCCCGUGCUGCUCUUCAGUUUCCUCCACACUGUGGGCAGAGCUGCCGUCCUUGCUGCUUCAUCUCACCCAGGUCCCAUUCCCAGGCAGCCAGGGGCCUGGGCCUGAAUGCGAGCAGGGACAAGCCUGCUGUGACCCUAGUCACUUAUCCCUCCCCCAUUCAGCAGUCAACCAGGAUAAGGGGUUUUGAUCCCUGGUGAUUAUAGCCCUCAAGGAAAUGAAAUCUGAAUUAAUUUCACAUGACUGUCCUGUUGCACAUUUUGCUGUUCUAGCCUUUUCGAAUGUAGUGGGGGAACAGGUUAUGAUAUUUAAUGAGAGUAAACAUUUUGCACAUAAAUGUACAACAGUAAGGUCCUCCGUUAUAUCCAGCUCUCCUUGUUCUCCACCUCCAUUUCUUCCCAUUCAGUGGCCCUGGGUUCGGCCAGCUGUUCCCCCAUGACAUUCCCUGGCUUGACCUCUGCCAUCAUUUUCCACUAGGCGCCUUUCCUACCUUCCCUUCACAACCGAUCAAGUGAAGGCUUGAUUAUUAUUUCUUCUUUUCUGUGCUUUAUCUUUUUUGUUUGGUUUUAAUUAAUAAAAAUUAAAGUUUCUAAAUUUACAUUUUUAUAGGGUAUUGUAAAUAAAAACAAAU